GCACAUGGCUACCGAGACUACGAAUCAGAUUUUAGCGAUGAGGAUGAAGAACUGGACAGAAAUGCAAAGAAAAGACGCAGUAAAGAAGAUGAAGCUUUGAUUAAGAAGCCAUUCCAGAAAGAGAGACAUGGGAAGGUGGCACACAAGAGGGUUGCAGCAGAGGAAUGUGACAGGGAGGAGGCGCGAAAUUGGCGAUUUCAUCUAAUAUCAAUGGAUGCUUUUGCCAGACAUCAAAAGUUUGUCAAUGAUUACAUAUUGUAUUAUGGAGGUAAACUAGAAGACUUCAAACUUCCAAAAGGAGACCGUAAAACAGACCUGGAUGUCAUUCGAGAAAACCACAGAUUCCUUUGGCAGGAGGAAGAUGAAGAGGAAAUGACUUGGGAGAAGAAACUUGCAAAGAAAUAUUACGAUAAAUUAUUUAAAGAAUAUUGCAUAGCCGAUCUCAGCAGAUACAAGGAGAACAAGUUUGGAUUUCGAUGGAGAGUGGAAAAAGAAGUCAUCUCUGGAAAAGGUCAGUUCUCUUGUGGGAACAAGCGCUGUGAUGAGAAGGAAAGCCUGAAAAGCUGGGAGGUCAAUUUUGGUUAUAUUGAACAUGGAGAGAAGAAGAACGCUCUUGUAAAGCUAAGGUUGUGCCCAGAAUGCUCCUACAAACUGAAUUUUCAUCACAAGAGAAGAGAGGUCCAGCCAAAGGCUAAGAAAAAGAAGGCUUCAGAAGAUACAGGAGAACCUUGUAGAAAGAAGUCUAAGCAUUCCCACUCUCACAAGAAGAGAAAAGACAAAUCCACACACAGACAUGAGGAUUCCAGUGAAGAAGAUACAGAUAAUGAUCAGGAAGAUGGCAAUGAUGAAACAGCCAAUAGCGAUUUCUGGAAAGGUCCUCAACAAGAACCAGAUGAAAAAACACGGGAAGAAGAGUUUGAUGAAUAUUUUCAAGAUAUGUUUCUGUAA